AUGACGGUAAAUCAGAAUGUAUUCAAAACAAUGAGAAAAUUUUAUCGUUCUGGUAGUGAGGGCCAUUUACCUUUUCUUGUUAAUCCAAUCGCAGAAAAAAAAGCGUCUCUACGUGUAUGCCGAUAUUGGCGAUCAUUAGCUCGUUUACAACGUUUUGCUCUGCUCAUUUUAUUUCUCUUUCUAUUCGUCGUAUGUUUUAAUAUUGCAAAAGAUGCAAUAAGUGUAGAAGAUAUUUAUCAGUUACCAAGAAAUAUUGCAAAAAAUGCAGAACCGAUCGAUGUACCGCCUGAUAAUGAUAAGUCGCUGGAAGGAAUGGUAGAUGAAGAAUUAUCAUUGGUAAAUGAAAGUCGUGAAAGAUCUAAAAUCAAACAAGAGAAGGAUCGCAGUGAUGAAAACAAAAGGAAGAUUCAAAGAAGAAUUCAUUUUAAAGGACCACAAAACGAGAGACAAAAAGCAGUAGUGGAGGCAUUUAAGCAUGCCUGGAAAGGAUAUAAGAAAUAUGCUUGGGGACAUGAUCAUUUGAAACCGAAGAAUCGUUUUGUGAGUUUCUUCGAAACAACGAUACGAGUGCUUGGUGGUUUACUAAGUGCUUAUCAUUUGAGUGGUGACCAAAUGUUUGUUCAUCGUGCUCAGGAUCUUGGCUCCCGACUUGCUGCUGCUUAUACAACUUCAUCUCCUGUUCCACACAGUGACGUUAGCCUUACGAAUAGGGAGGGAAGGCAACCAUCAUGGAAUACUUAUUGUUCUCUUUCCGAAGUAACAAGUGUUCAAUUAGAAUUGCGAGAUCUUUCUCGAGUAACUAACAACAGCACCUAUGAAAUGCUAGCAUUUCGGACAUCCGAGCAUGUGCACAACGAAGGUUGUCAAGAACACGAUGGGCUGUGUGGUAUGUUUAUCAGUCCAGUGACAGGACGAUUUAAAGAGCAUAUGACCAUUACUAUGGGUGCACGAGCAGAUAGCUACUAUGAAUAUUUGUUGAAGCAGUGGCUACAAACUGGCAAAACAAUUGACUGGCUGAAAAAUGAUUACAACCAAUCGAUGGAAGCAAUGGAAAAAUAUCUUUUACAGUACACAAAACCGAAUAACUUUGCCUUUAUUGGUGAAAUAAUAGGUGAUAAUGUAUACUCUCCGAAAAUGGAUCAUUUGGCAUGUUUUAUUGCUGGUACUCUUGCACUUGGAAGUCUGAAUGGUUUGCCAGCAAAACAUAUGGAACUUGCAAAAGAUAUCGCAAAAGGAUGCCGUAAAAUGUACGAAACAAAAACGGGCUUAGGUCCAGAAAUCAUUUAUUUCAAUAUCGAUCCAGCAAAUACUCAUGAUAUUUCAAUCAAACAUAUGGAUGCGCAUAGCUUAUUGCGACCGGAAGCUGUUGAAGCUUGGUUUUAUCUUUACCGAGCAACAGACGACAAAAUUUAUCAGCAGUGGGGAUGGGAAACUUUCAAAGCUAUUGAAACUUAUGCAAAGCUUGAAUAUGGGUAUUCUUCAGUAAAUAACGUUAAAAGAAUACCCGUGACAUAUAAGGAUAUGAUGGAGUCUUUUUUUUUGGCUGAAACCUUGAAAUAUCUUUACCUGUUAUUUGAUGAUGACAAAACUGAUAUUCCUCUGGACAAAUAUGUCUUUAAUACGGAAGGUCAUCCCUUGCCAAUUUAUGACCACUGA